UCUCGGAAACUGUUCAGGAAGUUUCUCAGGAUAUAAAACGGGCAUUUAUAUUUUCCAUGACACAUAUAUUCCAUAAUGUUAAUGUCGCAAAGCCUAACGCAUAUAUUCUAAUAGACUGCUACGACGAUAAUCAUGACUAUCUUGCCGAAGUGUACGGAGAGUCACACAGUCGCAUCGAGCAGUUUGAUGAUUACGAAGACAUUGUGAUGUCUAUUGACAUCAACGACGUGCGUGCUCCUAAAUUGGGUCGCGUACCCGUGGGCGCGUGUGGCGGACGUGGAUUGGAGCAUUCUCGAACGGUAAUUAUAAGAAAUUUAAACUUGUGA